UUAAUACGAAAAAUACUGAAAACUUGAAAUGAAAAAUCAGAAUAUUUCAUCGUUUCCGCCAUUUUGGCCCGCACUGAAUCUUGUAACAUGCGGACUGAAUAAAUCGCGAAUUCUGAUUGGUCGAAAAUUGCCAAACACCCUGCGUUGUAGUUUCCUCUUUCUUGGCGGGAGAACCAUCGGCGUCGCCAGGGGUAUUUUACUGGGGCACGUGCCCCAGUAUAGAUCUGUAGUGCCCCAGUAAAAAAAAUCCAGUGACGAAACGCUCUGAAUUUUAAACUUGGGAAUAGCUGCAAUUUAAUUAAUUCAUAACGUGGGGUAGGCUAACCGAUGCGCGAAGAAGACCAUCUACAAUGCUUUUACAUUGGUAGUUUUGGCUGGCCUCGCGCACACUAAGCAAUGUGAAAAAAGUGUGCGCGUGACAUGAGUAACAUCUUGGUUGCUAUGGGGACCGCAGACUCCAGCAGCCCUCAGAUGCAAUGAAAUUCAGAGCAGGGGAAACCAUCUCUCCGUGUUUUUCAACUGUUUACAGGAAAGAUGACCACAAGAGUAUCGUUAGGGAAGAAGUACUUCAUUCUUCUAACUGGAAAGACAUUGAAGUCUGAUGAACACUUCAUAACUCGGCUCAAAAAUGAAGCAAACUGGCUGGAGAAGGUGGAGACAGUGAGUGCGUGUGAUUUCAUUCUGGCUUUCUGCCCUGUCGUUUCACAAGCUGGAACUGACAUUGAAGCAGCCGUGAAAAAGCUUCAUGAUACUUCAGCUACAAAACCUGCUGUUCUGGUGGUGCUCCAUCACACGUUUGAUCCAGAGUAUGCUGCACCAGACAGCAGCAGAGCUGUAAACACAGAGAAUAUAAUCACCUUCGACUGUCUGUUCCAUGAAGAUCAGGGAUUACUGCAGUGCAAGAAAAAUGAUGAUGUCUUUGAGUCCAUUAAAAUGCAGACAAAACCACCGAUGCAAAAAGCAUUAAUUCUCAUGAAAGAAUGGAAACCUAAAAUCAGGGGUAAUGAACAAGGACCUUCCUCUCAGAUGCAAAAAUCAGCCAUCAACUUCAAAGAAUGGGGCCGUAAAAUCAGGGGUAAUGAACAAGGACCUUCCUCUCAGCCAUGUGACCCAGGGGACAGUCAGGCCAAUCAGAAGAUACCUGAAUAUGAACAUGCUUCUGAAAAACUUGACACAGAGAUUACACAAUUGGAAACAUUUGAAAAGGAAGAAGUUGAAAAUAAAAUGGAGUCACUUCUGAAUGCAGGUUUUUCUGAGUUAAUUCUUGCAACUGAACUGAGGCUGGUGUUGUUGGGGAGGACUGGAUCUGACAAGACUGCAGCAUUGAACAUCAUCCUGGGCAGAGAGGAGAAGAACCAGGCUGCUGCAUCUCUAUCCACCCAGCAGAGUGAGAGCACACAGGGGGAGGUGGCUGGGAGGAGGGUGAAUGUGGUGGACACGCCUGACUGGUUCUCUUCUGAACUCUCUUUGGAGGAGCUGAAACAGAAUGUGGAACACUGUGUCCAUCUGUCUGCUUCAGGACCCCUCGUCUUUCUCCUGGUCAUACCUGUAAAGCAUUUGGAAGACACAGAAGUUCAUGAACAGGAAGAAGAAACAAUAUCGAAGCUGAAAUAUAUUUUUGGGAACAGAUUGUGGGGAAACAUCAUGAUCCUCUUCACUGUUCGUGAUGAACUUCAGAAGAACAACAUUGAGGAGUGUAUCCAAACAGGAAACUGGGGAUUUCACAGACUUGUAGAGAAAUGUGGGAAAAGGUCUCACUGUCUUAACAUUAUGGAGAGGGAAAAUGGUUCUCAGAUCUCAGAGCUGCUGGAGAAGAUAGAGAAGAUUGUGGAAGGAAACAAAAAUACAAGUGAGAUUUGUCAGAUGAUUAGAAAAAUGCAGAGCGAAAGAGAGGCGAAGGUUGCAGCGAUCAGAAAAGAGCAACAUGAAAUGCAAAAAAGCCUGAACACCUUUGAGCAUUAUAUUACGGAUUAUGAAGAUGAUCUAAAAACCUUACACAAAAGCGAUCUGAAAAAUAGAUAUGUGGUUCUCAAGCUGAAACAGGAGUACGAGUUAAGAAGAGAUAUUGGGCAACGUAUAAAGAAAAUGUAUGAGAAUGUUGCAGUUCUGGAAGAAAACAGACGGUUUAUGAAGGUUAUUUUGCCAGAAAACCAGCAAACUGUAUGGCUUUCACUGCCAGAUGAGCAGAACAAAAUGAUUCAACUGCAGAAUGAGCUAACUCAACUUAAAGAACUGGUUUUCAGAGUACCUACAAAAGCGUCGGAUUAAUUAAAAUAUAUAUAAUUUGUGAGGAGGAUGAAGUUCUCUUCCUUUCUGUGUCCUCCCACUGUAUAAACCCUCAGCUGUCACUGCGAGACACACACACACCCAUCAAUAAUAAGACACAGGUGUGAUAACUUUGCCACUCACCUUCCCUGGCCUCACCCUCCAUUCACAAACUGGCGCUCGACCACACCCCUGCUGCUACAUACUGUAAGUCUGUAGGUUUUGUAUCUAGUUAUAAAGCUUAGCCCUUCAUAUUGUGGCACCAACUGCCAUCUGGCGCUCCCAUAGUGCUUUGGGACGAUCAAAUCUUACACUAUGUGGGUGAUAACAUCAGAAGCCCACAUCGGGUUCCACUUCUAUCAGCUGUGAACAGAAAGCUGAGGCUGCAAUGGGCACAGGCUCACCAAAAAUGGACAGCUGAAGACUGGAAAAAAUGUAGCCUGGUCUGAUGAAUCUCGAUUUCUGAUGAGGCAGACAGAUGGUAGGCUCAGAAUUUGGUGCCAACAGUUUCAAUCCAUAGAUCCAAAAGCACUGAGUUAACAGUACAGGCUGGUGGAGGUGGUGUCAUGAUGUGGGGAAUAUUUUCUUGGCACACUUUGGGCUUGUUAAUGCCGAUCGAUCGAAUGCCCCAGUCUGUGAGUAUUGUUGCUGACCAUGUGCAUCCCCUCAUGACCACAAUUUGAAAUUAACUGGAGGGGCAGACCCAUAGUUGCCAGUAUUGAGUCCCUACUUGAGCCAUUAUCGAACUUUGUGGAUUAUUUUAUCAAACCCUUUGUACAAAAGCUACCGUACCUGCUUAUGUACAAGAUUCUACUGAUGUCAUAAAUAAAAUAUCUGAACUUCAAGAUCUCCCUACUGAUACCAUCCUUGCCACCUUUGAUGUAGAACGUCUCUACACGAACAUUUCUCACGAACGAGGUAUUAUAGCACUUGAAUAUUAUCUGCAGAACCGCUCAGAGGAUGAGAACCCCCCAAAUACCUUCAUCUGUGAUCUGGCAUCAUCUAUCCUCAGACUAAAUUUCUUUUCCUUACACCAGGGAGAGUAUUACCUCCAAGUUAAAGGCACAAGUAUGGGGAGUAAUUGUGCCCCCAGCUAUGCUAAUUUGUAUGUGGGAUUUUUUGAACAACAGUUUAUUUUCAAUGAGGACAGAAAUCCGUUUUACAGUAACAUCAUCAGAUAUUUUAGAUAUUUAGAUGAUGUUCUUUGUGUUUUUAAAGGGUCUCAAAAUGAGCUGAAUGAAUUUACCACACACUUGAACAAAAUGAGCCCUGACCUGAAAUUCACUGUGGAGUCUGACCCUAAACGGGUGCAUUUUUUAGAUAUGUGGAUCAGACUUGAAGAUGGGAAACUGACCACAACCCUCUACCGAAAGGAAAUGGACCGCAACUCUUUCCUGUUGGCAAGCAGCUCACAUCCUAGUGCCCUAAAAAAUGGACUGCCCAAGAGUCAGUUCUACAGACUCAGACGGAUCUGUCACUCCACUGAAGAAUAUGAGGAGAAUGCAUUAGAAAUGAAACAAAGAUUUUUGGCUAGGGGUUAUUCCAUGAAGACUGUUGAGGAGGCAUACAACAUUGCCCUGUGACCACGCCAAGGCCAUAUCUUCUGAAAAAAAGUGUUAAAAAAGAUAAAAAGUUUUCAGUUUCUUGCAUUACUACUUUUACUCCUAAAUCCUACAUAAUUAAAAACACAGUCAUGAAAUAUUGGCAUUUAAUAUGUGACGAUCCUUCACUCCAGGGUAAAUUUAAGGACCCCCCGUUGUUUGUCUCCAGACGGGGUCCCAACCUCAGGAAUAAGCUUGUCAAAGCAUGUAUAAGAUCUGCUCCUGCUCAAACACUCUUAGCACCCCUGAGGGAUGGUAACUACCCCUGUGGCAACUGUUCCCAAUGUAACAGUACAUAUAAGACUCAUACUUUUAAACACCCCAGGUCUGGUAAAAGUUACAAUGUGAAGGGUUUUAUUACAUGCAAUAUAAAGAAUGUUGUUUAUUUGUUAAGAUGUCCCUGUGAUAAGGUCUAUGUGGGAAAAACUACACGUAGCUUAAAACAAAGGAUCAGCGAACAUAAGAGUUCGAUUAGAUGGGCUGAUCUUAAUUACCCUGUGGCUUGUCACUUUGUAGAGUGUGCCCACCCUGUUUCUUCCCUACGGUUUCAGGGAAUUGAGCAAGUUAAAUUGUUAAGGGGUGGGAACAUUGAUAAAGUGCUAUGUCAAAGGGAAUUGUUUUGGAUCCAUACAUUAGAUGCCCUACAACCCAAAGGGUUAAAUGUAGACUUUGACAUGAGUGUUAUGUUAUGAUUGGAGGUAUACCAUUUGUUAAGUCUUGAAACUGCAGUUUAUGAAGUUCUUGCUGAUGUUUAUGCAGUUAUCUUGAACUUACACUUGCUUAUAUGUGUGUGUGUGUACUCAAGUUUGUAUGUAAAAAGAUGUAUGCUUUUGUGGUGGGUAAUUUUAUUGGUGCAUUUGGGGUCAAUUUAAUGCCAGCUACCUUGGGUAGAGGAAAUAUGAAACCAGGAAGAACAGAAAAACUACAACUCCCACACUUGGACUACAACUCAUCUGUGCAGGUGUGACUGAGCACCUUAAUGAAUCUUAAUUGAUUAGUUUGUUGUAUGCUCCAUCUGUUUGUGCCCUGAGGAAGGUCUCUGACCGAAAGCUUGGCAAUUAAAUGA